CCGGGGGCGGCUCGUGCGCGGCGCGGAGCGGAGCGGAGCGGAGCGGCGGGCGCUGCCGGCGCCUCCCGGUACCCGCCGCGCCGGGCCGGGAGCGCGGAGCAGAAUUUUCUCUUCCACCCCCAAAGCAAGGGAAGAUGACAUCUGGGCUCUGAACUGGGUGUGCCCAGUGACCAGCAGAGCCAUGGAUCUGGAAUACGAGCUGCCCAACUCCACCGAGUUCUGGUUCUCCCCAGCUUCCCCAUUUGACAACUUCUCUGUGGAGGCACCUGCCAACACAUCACAGAACGCCACAGGCCACCAUUUUGACCUGACCAGCAAUGCCAUCCUCACCUUCAUCUACUUUGUGGUCUGCAUCAUAGGGCUGUGUGGCAACACGCUGGUGAUAUACGUCAUCCUUCGCUACGCCAAGAUGAAGACCAUCACCAACAUCUACAUCCUGAACCUGGCCAUCGCGGAUGAGCUGUUCAUGCUAGGUCUGCCCUUCCUGGCCAUGCAGGUCGCGCUGGUGCACUGGCCCUUUGGCAAAGCCAUCUGCAGGAUUGUCAUGACAGUGGACGGGAUCAACCAGUUCACGAGUAUCUUCUGCCUGACAGUCAUGAGUGUUGACCGGUACCUGGCUGUCGUCCAUCCCAUUAAAUCUGCCAAGUGGAGGCGGCCUAGGACAGCCAAAAUGAUCAAUGUGGCCGUGUGGGGUGUCUCCCUUUUGGUGAUAAUGCCCAUCAUGAUUUAUGCCGGGGUGCAGCAUAAUCAUGGCAGGAGUAGCUGCACCAUUAUCUGGCCGGGGGAGUCUGGCGCGUGGUACACAGGCUUCAUCAUCUACGCCUUCAUCCUGGGCUUCCUGGUGCCUCUCACCAUUAUCUGCCUUUGCUACUUGUUCAUCAUUAUCAAAGUCAAGUCCUCGGGGAUCAGAGUGGGCUCCUCCAAGAGGAAAAAGUCUGAGAAGAAAGUCACCAGGAUGGUCUCCAUUGUGGUCGCUGUCUUCAUCUUCUGCUGGCUCCCCUUCUACAUCUUCAACGUCUCCUCUGUCUCCGUCCUGAUCGUGCCCACGCCCGUCCUCAAGGGCAUGUUUGACUUUGUCGUAGUCCUCAGUUAUGCCAACAGCUGUGCCAACCCCAUCCUUUAUGCCUUCUUGUCUGACAACUUCAAGAAAAGCUUUCAGAACGUCCUCUGCCUGGUCAAGGUCAGCGGGAUGGACGAUGCAGACCGCAGUGACAGCAAGCAGGACAAAUCCAGGCUAAACGAGACCACGGAAACCCAAAGGACCCUGCUCAAUGGUGACCUGCAGACGACCAUCUGAGAGGACAACAGCGUUGUCCAUCAUUUGCUCUCCUCCCCGCACUUGCUCGCAACUCUGCAACAGGGCAAUGGCACAGACCACGUCAGGGCAGGAGUGCCAGGCCUUUCCUUGCGCAACUUGAGGGAUGGUGCUGCUAUCAGGUGGGCAGGGGGUUCCUAAACCCGGGCUAGCUUCUGAGCUGCUGGCAGGUUGGCUUUCAAGCGCUGGGAAGGAGACGGCUCAAGAGAACCUGCCUCGCCAGGAAAACAAAGACAGCUUGUACAAAUGCACACGCAGUGGGCACGCAUUUAAACGCAACAAGUGCCAACCAUGGGACAAAAUCAUCUCUGGGGCGACUCCACUGGUUUCACUGGUGUCACUCCCCGGGCUGAGGUCAGCUUAGGAUGCUCUGCCCCAGAAAUCGUGUCUGCGCACACGCACGCACGCCCCGCGAGGCACGGCAGCUUGCGGGGCUGCAGCACACACGUGCGGAGCAGGGGGGGCCGCAGGAGGAGCUGGGGCCGCGGAGGAGGGUGCAGAGAUGCAGAUGUGGCGUCCGGGCAGCGCCUCGUGCCGCGGUGUCUCGGGAGAGCAGAGCCCCGGCGGGCAGCUGGCUCCGGAGGGAAGCCACCCCGUCAACCUGCGGUCACAUCCUUCCCGAGGAGACACAGAUGCUUGGAGGGCGUUUUGCCCAGCUUAUAAGUUAUUUGAUCGGACCCGAAGCAUCCCUAUGGCUGCAGUGGUUUCCAGAAGGCUUUCCUGCCCCCGGGGAAGCCUCACGCCAGGAAAUAGGGAAUCGCCUCCGAGGAGACCAGCCCUCUCCCACCUGCCAGCACCUCUGCUUGGGCGGCUGCGCUCUGCCUCCGCCAGCCCAGCCCGGGGAGCCCCCUCCUUCCCACCCUUCCCUCCGGUGACGUCACCUUCCGACGGGCUUCCUCCUCAGUUGUGGGAUUCCCCCCUUUUUCCCUCCGGAGCAGCCGCUGCCCCUCCUGCCAUCCACAUCUGCUCACGGUCGGUCCCGGGCCGUGCCGCCCACCAGCGAGCCGCUGCGUCCCGGCGAGCCCCGGUACCGGAGCGCCGCAGCCGGGAUGGCCGGAGUCACUGGCCGAUCACUGGCACCUGGAUGGAAAAUACUCGGAAGCGUUUGAAUGGCAGAAAAAAACACAUGGGGGUUCGGAGCAUGCUGCCACGGGCAGCGGGGCCCCGGCGUCCCCCGCACUGCCGACGGCCCAGCCGCCGCGGUGCUUCGGGCACGGAGAGGCCGGAGCCGGGCGGGAACAGCUGUCUGUGCUUCGCGGGUGCCGCCCCAGCUGGGCUCCCUCCAGGCAAGUCACGGAGGAGGAAGGGGCGACGGAGAGGACGGGUGACGGGAGCUCGGGGACUUGGGCAGUGCCAGGCCCUCACCCAAGGCCGGAGGGACCACGGCAGAGCCGGCGGCACCGAGAGCUGAAGAAGGAGCCUGUGAAAUCCCCGGAGAAAAGAGGCCCCGCGGGGCGGCUGCGGCGCUGGCGUCUCGGAGCCCCGCCGGGUGCAGCCACCGCAGCCACUUGAUUUUAGUGGGAAUUUGACCUCCCUCUGGAUCUGUGCAGAGAAGCCUCGCAGGGCCGCCGGCGUUGUCGUGAGAAAUCGCUCCUGGUUCAUCUCAGAGCAAACAGGCUGCUCCCGCCGGCACGGCAGCGGCUCCAGCACUGCUUCGCACGCAGCCUGCCCCCGGGCUCGGCGAGAUCCAUCACCGCUGGCGCCUGCCCGGGCUGGGCUGCAGAAGCAGAUCCAUCCCACGCCGGAGGUGCGCGGACCCUGCACCGCUCCCGUCCCGCCGGGUGCCCCGGCUCAGCCCCACGCGGAGCCACCCCCCACCCCGAGGGGCCCGGGGCCGCUCGCUCUGCGUGGGGACAGCCAGGCCGCGGCUCCACGCGCCGGGUCACCCCCGCGGGACGCUGCCCGUCCCAGGCAGCCCGCGAAGCACCCACUGAAACGACGCAGCGUGGGAGCAUCCUCCGCCCUUAUGGGCCGGGGCACAAAACCUGGCCGUGCCAAGCGUCUCUUUGGACCGUGCCUGGCUCCCAGCACUGCAGCGGCUGGCUCCCCACUGAUGUUUGAUACCCGAACACUGCUCCGAGGGGUGGGGAGAGGCUGAGUUUGGACCCAGAGCUUUCCUGUUGCAUCUCUGCAGCUGCCUACAUCAGCACCGAGCGCCUUGGACCGACAGCAGGGCAAAGCUUCACUUCUUUAAAGUAACUAUCCCUGCUAACGGGCUGCACUGUUCUGCCUCUGGAUGGCUGUCCUGGACGGGAAGAGCCCAGCCUUGGACAGAGACUUCCCUCCCGAGCCUGCUCCCAUCGCGGACAGGACGCGGGCUUUGACUCGAGAGAGGUCCCUGCGCCGCGGGGCGGGUGCCUCCGCCGGGGAGCACGACCUGGCAGCCACAGCUCGUGCCUGGCACAUGGGGCUGCUGCAGUCCUGGCUGACGACGAGCUGAGUGCAAACCGCUCGGGGCAGAGCCUCCGGCCCCCUCGAUCGGGGUGGCACCCGCCGCACACCCUGCCCGGGACUGCUGCAAGUGGGGCAAUCGGCAGCAAACAGCGCAUCGGAGCCGGUCCCCGCCUGCGCGGUGCUCGGUCUGACGGACACAGCCCGGGGCCCGGCUCUGCCCUCCCUGCCCGCCUCCGGCCCCAGCCCCACGCGCAUCCCCCCUCCCCGCUCGCUACCGGGCCGGGAUUGCGGAAAGCCAGCCCUGCCGGCUGGCACGAGGACGGAGAGGCGCCAGCCGCGAUUUGGGGGACCCUGCCUAGCUCCGUGACCCGGCCAGGAGAGGAGGGAUGCCAAGCCCUGGCACCCCCACCGCGUGGCCGGCAGGAGGGAAGGGGGGGGUGCUUGUACAUAUGUGUAUAUACCGGACAUGUCACCGGGGGGGUUGGCAUCGCUGACACUGCGGAGACAGUCCGCACCCCCCCCACCUGCCCCUUCCCGCGUGCGCACGGAUGCCUGGGCUCCCUCGGGGCUGACCCCGACCCGGGGCUCAAGCAGCUGGGGAGCCCCCCCGGUUCAGCAGCACCGCACCACACACCCCGUCUUGUACAUACACCGCGCUGUAUCUACACCCGCGUUCCCUGUCGUGUGCGUGGCUCUGGUGUAAGACACAUUGUGACUGCAA